GCAGAAGAAGAGCGGGCAGCGCCGUGUGUGAUGGUCACCAGCAGAGCCAGGACGCAGGCGGGCUAGCAGCCGCCCUUUCGUGCGUGUGUCGGGUCAAGCGGUCGUUUCUGAACAGGUGUCUGGGCUGGCCAAAACUGUCCUUUUGGUCAGCAUCUUCCCUGCUUGGUGGUAAAUGUGAGGGACCAACACACCAACACGUCCAGCCGAACCAUGGGUCAAGACAGGGGGAAGUAUGACUUCUACAUCGGCCUGGGACUGGCCGUCAGCUCAAGCAUCUUCAUCGGGGGCAGUUUUAUUCUGAAGAAGAAAGGUCUUCUGAGGCUGGCCAAGAAGGGAUCCAUGAGAGCAGGCCAGGGUGGUCAUGCAUAUCUAAAAGAGUGGCUAUGGUGGGCUGGUUUACUAUCAAUGGGUGCUGGGGAAGCAGCUAACUUUGCAGCAUAUGCUUUUGCUCCUGCAACACUGGUCACCCCUCUAGGAGCCCUCAGUGUGCUUGUCAGUGCAGUACUGUCGUCAUACUUCCUGAACGAGCGGCUAAACCUGCACGGGAAGCUCGGCUGCCUGCUCAGCAUCCUGGGCUCCACCACCAUGGUCAUCCAUGCUCCGCAAGAAGAAGAGAUCAGCAGCCUGGAACACAUGGCCAAGAAGCUGGUUGAUCCAGGCUUUUUCAUGUUUGCAACACUUGUCAUCAUCGUGGCUCUCGUCUUCAUAUUUUAUGUGGGUCCUCGCCAUGGCCAGACAAACAUCCUCGUGUACAUCACCAUCUGCUCAGUUAUCGGAGCUCUGUCGGUGUCCUGCGUCAAAGGACUGGGCAUCGCCAUCAAGGAAGCAAUCGCGGGGAAACCCGUUUUGGGAAACCCACUGGCAUGGAUCUUACUUUUGGGUCUGGUGGGCUGUGUAAGCACUCAGAUCAACUACUUAAACAAAGCUCUGGACAUAUUCAACACAUCCCUGGUGACACCCAUCUACUACGUGUUCUUCACCACGUCUGUGCUCACCUGCUCUGCCAUUCUCUUCAAAGAGUGGGAACACAUGGGCACAGACGACGUGAUCGGUACCCUCAGUGGCUUCCUCACCAUCAUUGUGGGCAUCUUCCUGCUUCAUGCCUUCAAAGAUAUCAGCAUCAGCUUGGCCACCCUUGCUGUGUCCAUGAGAAAGGAUGAACGGACCUCUACUGCGGCCAACGGCAUGGCCUCCCACAGCACCUACGAACUGCUAAAUAAUGACAGCAUUGAUGAUGUGGAGGGCAGGGAAGUGGGUUUGCCCUUCGAUAGCGUCUCCAGAAGGAACGGAGCAAUGACUUCCUCUUAGGAUCUUUACUCAACCAUGCCGUUGUUGCAGACAUGGUUCACGAAAAUGAGACAAUCAACUGUGAGGGGAGGGGAGGGUGACUGGACUGACCAGUGGAUUGUAUUUGUUUUAAUUUGCCUUACUGCUCUCAGAAUAUGACACUGUCAUACCAGUUACAGAACUUAAUUUCAUUCCUCUUUAAAUAGUCUAAGAAAUGUUUUGUUAUAUGAACAUGGAUUUUCAUGCCCUGACUUACUUUCUAUGAAACAAAGAUAACUUAUCAUAUAUAUAUAUAUAUGAAUAUAUAUAUGAUAAAUACACACACAGAGUAUACAUUUGAUAGGACGUUCACUUUGAUUUGUGGUUUAUGGUUGAAAGUAACAAUUUAUGUUCGGGACAUUUUGAACUUUUUUUUUGUCCUAGGGUUAGUUUUUACAUGAAAAAGCUCUUAAGAUGAACCAACUGAUUUGUUACAUAUUUAUUGAAUUAAAACAUCUCAACACAAGGCACAGUGAAUAAAUGCUUAAGAGUA